AUGACGAAUGAUAAUGAAUGUCAACCAGAUCUAUCCGAAAAUGAAGAAGAAAAUAGUAAAUCAUCAAAUAAUGAUAUUAAUGAUAAUUUAUCUGAAUUAUCAUUAUCUUCAUCACCUGAAUUAGAUUUACAAGAAAAAGAAAUUCAAAAUGAUGAUAUUUCAUCAGAUGUUCAUGAUCAAGUUAAUGAAAUUCUUCAUAUUAAUGAAAAUAAAAAAGAAGAUGAUCUUACUCAAUUUAUAAUAAAAGCUAAAGAACAAAAUUAUAAUUGUCUUGAUCUUUCAAAAAAAAAUAUUAUUGAAUUUCCUCAAACAUUAUUAGAAUUUCCUUCAUUGCAAUAUUUAUAUUUAGAAGGUAAUGAAAUAACACAAUUACCAGAUGAUUUAUUUCUUCGAUUACCAAAUUUAAAAUGGAUCGAUCUACGUAAUAAUAAAAUCACUCAAAUUCCGAGUCUUGGUCUCGAUAAAAAUCAUUCAUUACGAUAUUUAUUAUUAAGUGGAAAUUUAAUUCGAACAUUACCUGUUCAACUUGGUAAAGUAAAAGGUUUAUCAGCUCUUAAUCUUGAUGGUAAUCCAUUAGUUCAUCCACCAUUGGAAAUAGUUAAACAAGGUAUAAAAGCAAUUCAACAAUAUUUACGUAAUGAACAUAUUCGUCAUUCAAAAUAUGAUUCUGACGAUGAAAAUUAUGAUGAUGAUGAAGAACAACAAACAGAUAUUAUACAAGAUGUUUGGGCAUCAUCAGAUGAUGAUAAUGAUGAUCAACAACGACGAAUAUCAAGGUCUCCUAAACCUUCUACCAUUUUAUCUCGUCCAUCGUUGAUACUUCUUCGAAAAUCUAAAUCUGAAGCGAGCUACUAUAAAUCAGCUACUGCAAAUCCGUUAACUACUCAUCUUCAAUCAUGUAUACAUCAUCAGAGAGUGAGUUAUUCGGAAAUGCGUAUCCAUCAUCCUUCACCAUCAUGUCGACAACGAGCUAAGUCUGAUAUCAAACUACCUCGAGUAAAAAUAAAAAAAAACAAUCAACCAACAAAAAUAAUAUCAAAUGAUCCAGUGGGAGAUACUUAUGCAGCUCGAGCACGUGAAGAACAACGACUUAUACGUAUGAAACAUCAUAAUAUAAAAAUUAAUGAAGAAUUACAAAAAGUUAAAAGUAAAGAAUUAUUAUAUGAUUGGAAAGAAAAUUAUCGUUCUAAUCAACAAAAAUUACAUCGAAAACGUCUUAUUAAAGGCAAAGACUAUCAAGAAGCAGUCGUACAAGCUCCAUUCGGUAUUGAUCCUCAUUAUAUUUCUGUUAUGGACAAAGAUCAACAGGAAAUGAUCGAAAAAGCAAUCAGAUAUGAAAGUCGACGUAAUCGUUCACCUGAAAGUGCUAUGCGAGAAGAAGAAGAAAGACGUAUACGUGAUCGACAAGUUCAAGAUCGUAUACGUGAAAUAACUGGUAAAAUACUUAAACGUCGUGGUGAAGUACGAGGAAAUGCAUAUGAAGAAAAACGUCAAGCAGAACUUGAACUACGUGAAUUAAGAAAACUUGAAUCAGAAGUUAAACAACGUCGUACUCAAAUCGAUAAUCGUUUUAAAGCAUAUACUGGCGAUGUAAAAGCUCGUAAAAAAUUAUAA